AUGGAGACAACACCAGAAUGCGCCCAUGACAAGCUUCUGCGAGCUGGGAGCUUUGCUAAGAAACGAGACAAAGAGACGAGACUGUACUUUGCUUUUUGUGUUCCCUCAGAUAAAACACCAUUUCAAAACAAAAGUAUCCAUAAAAAAAGACUUAGAAACCCUUGGAAAGGCCCUGGAGAAAAUGGCCUUCUGGGGAGAAAGACUCACAUAGAGAAGGAACGCCACGUGAAAGCCAACUCGCGGGACUACAAUGAUAAGUUCGCUUAUGCUGACAAUCACAUCAAAACCUCAAAGUACAACGUGCUCACCUUGCCCAUCAACCUGUUUGAGCAGUUUCAGAGAGUGGCCAACGCUUAUUUCCUAGUGCUGCUGAUACUGCAGUUAAUUCCAGGGAUUUCCUCUCUGUCGUGGUUCACAACCAUCGUGCCUUUGGUGAUGGUGCUGGUAAUCACAGCUGUGAAGGACGCUACAGAUGACUAUUUCAGGUAUAAAAGCGACCAGCAGGUCAACAACCGCUUGUCUCAGGUGCUCAUCAGUGGAAGUUUACAGAAUGAAAAAUGGAUGAAAAUUAGAGUAGGGGAUAUCAUCAAACUAGAGAAUAAUCAGUUUGUUGCUGCAGACAUCCUCCUCCUCAGCAGUUGUGAGCCAUAUGGACUGUGCUAUAUAGAGACAGCAGAGCUAGAUGGAGAGACCAAUCUGAAAGUUCGCCAGGCUUUGACCAUCACCUCAGAUUUGGGAGAUCUUUCAAAACUGACAGACUUUGAUGGAAAAGUCAUCUGUGAGCCACCAAACAACAAGCUGGAUAAAUUCACAGGAACGUUAUUCUGGAGAGACAGUAAACACCCUCUGGAUAAUGACAACAUGCUGCUGCGAGGCUGUGUACUCAGAAACACUGAGUGGUGCUUUGGAUUGGUUAUUUUUGCUGGUUUGCAAACCAAACUCAUGCAGAAUUGCGGAAGGACUACAUUUAAAAGCACAAGUAUCGAUAAGCUGAUGAACACUUUGGUUUUGUGGAUCUUUGCCUUCCUCAUUUGUAUGGGAGUUAUUUUGGCCAUUGGAAACACUAUCUGGGAGAGCUGGACAGGCAGACACUUUCAGGUGUUUUUGCCGUGGGAUGAGUUUCAAAGCAGUGCUGUUUUCUCUGGCUUCCUCACCUUCUGGUCCUACAUCAUCAUUCUCAACACUGUCAUGCCCAUCUCACUGUAUGUCAGUGUGGAAGUUCUGCGACUUGGUCAUAGUUACUUUAUCAACUGGGACCAGAGGAUGUACCACAGUCAGACAGACACCGCGGCAGAAGCUCGCACCACCACCCUGAACGAGGAGCUCGGCCAGGUGGAGUACGUCUUCUCCGACAAGACGGGCACCCUCACCCAGAACAUCAUGGUGUUCAAAAAGUGCUCCAUUAAUGGACAGACAUACGGUGACGUCUAUGAUGAAUUUAAGCAGAAGGUGGAAAUUACAGAAAAAACAGCCUGUGUGGACUUUUCAUCCAACCUUCUCUAUGACAGAGGGUUUAAGUUUUAUGAUUGCCGUCUGGUUGAAGCCAUUAAACUGGAGGAUCCGGCAGCGCAGGAUUUCUUCAGACUGCUGGCUUUGUGCCACACUGUCAUGCCAGAGGAAAAGAGUGAAGGACAUUUGGUGUACCAGGCCCAGUCCCCUGACGAGGGAGCCCUGGUCACUGCAGCGCGAAACUUUGGGUUUGUCUUCCGGGCCCGGACCCCAGAGACCAUCACUCUGUGUGAGAUGGGACGAGCUGUCACCUACCAGCUGCUGGCCAUCCUGGACUUCAACAACGUGCGCAAGAGAAUGAGUGUCAUUGUGAGAAAUCCACAGGGCCAGAUUAAACUCUACUCCAAAGGAGCUGACACUGUCAUCUUUGAUCUUCUGGAUCCAUCCAGUGAAGACCUCAAAUGCACCACCUCAGUACAUCUUAAUGAAUUUGCUGGAGAAGGGCUUCGAACACUGGCUCUGGCCUACAAAGAUCUUGAUGAAGACCAUUUUGAAGUUUGGAUGAAGAAGUUUCUGUAUGCCAGCACUGUAAUAGAGAACCGGGAAGAUCAGCUGGCCGUUCUCUUCGAGGAAAUCGAGCAGGGCUUGAAGCUUCUAGGAGCCACAGCAAUCGAGGACAAACUACAGGACGGAGUCCCAGAAACUGUUGCCUCUCUAAAUCUGGCUGACAUCAAGAUCUGGGUCCUCACAGGAGACAAACUUGAGACGGCGAUGAACAUCGGCUACUCCUGCAAUAUGCUGCGAGACGACAUGAAUGAGGUGUUCGUCCUCACAGGCUGUACACUGCUGGAGGUUCAGCAGCAGCUCAGGAGUGCUAAAGAGCAGAUUCUUGGCCCGGGUCGAGCCAGCAGUGCAGGAGAUGUUGAGAAGGCAGAAAUGUUUGCCGAUGUGUUAGAAGAAACCAUCAUUGAAGAGUAUGCCUUAGUCAUCAAUGGACACAGUUUGGCUCACGCCAUGGAGCCACAGCUGGAGCACGUCUUGCUGGACUUGGCCUGUUUGUGUAAAACUGUCAUCUGCUGCCGGGUCACUCCCAUGCAGAAAGCCCAGGUGGUGGAGCUGGUGAAGAGGCACAAGAGAGCCGUCACUCUGGCUAUUGGAGAUGGAGCCAACGAUGUCAGCAUGAUCAAGACUGCCCACAUUGGUGUUGGCAUCAGCGGUCAGGAGGGAAUGCAGGCGGUUCUGUCAUCAGAUUACUCUGUCGCUCAGUUUCGGUACCUGCGGUGCCUCCUGCUGGUGCACGGGCGCUGGUCCUACUUCCGCAUGUGUAAUUUCCUGUGGUACUUCUUCUACAAGAACUUUGCCUUCACACUGGUACACUUCUGGUACGGCUUCUUCUGUGGUUUCUCAGCUCAGACUGUGUAUGACCAGUGGUUCAUUACCCUCUUCAAUAUAGUUUACACAUCUUUACCAGUCCUGGCGAUGGGACUUUUUGAUCAGGAUGUCAGUGACCAGAACAGCCUUCGGUACCCAAGCCUCUACAAACCCGGCCAGCAAAACCUUUUAUUCAACAAACGGCAGUUCUUCUUGUGCUUGGUGCAGGGGGUAAGCACAUCAUCCCUGCUCUUCUUCAUUCCCUUCGCAGCCUUCUCUGUCAUGGAGAAAGAGGACGGCUCCGACCUUUCCGGCCAACAAGUCUUUGCUGUUACCAUAGCAACAUCCUUGGUCAUUGUUGUGACUGUUCAGAUUGGACUCGACACUCACUACUGGACAGUCGUUAAUAAUUUCUUCGUCUGGGGAAGCCUGAUAGUGUACUUUGCCAUAUUGUUUGCCAUGCAAAGUGAUGGCAUGUUUGGCAUCUUUACAAGUAAUUUCCCGUUCGUAGGCACAGCUCGUAACUGUCUAUCGGAGAAGAGUGUGUGGUUGGUCAUUCUGCUCACCACUGUGGUGUGUGUCGUGCCCGGCCUAGCAGUCAGCUUCCUGAGAGUAGAGCUCUUUCCAACUCUAACAGAUAAGGUUCGUCAUGUCCAACAGUUCAGAAAGAGGCAGGGCCCUCAGGAGCAAAGCCUGAGGCGAGUACGCAGGACGAGCUCCCAUCGCUCUGCUUAUGCCUUCUCCCACCAGCAGGGCUAUGGAGAGCUGAUUACCUCAGGAAAAAACAUGAAGAUGAGCACAGUAUCUUCUGCUAGCUCACCUGGAAGGACACCACAGAGCUCCACCUGGAUAGAAAACAUGUUGAAAAGAAAGAACGCAGUCUCCUGCGUUUUUGAUGAAAGCACAGGAGCACCACUAAAAACAGACUCAACAGAAAACUGAACUCUACCUCUGACCUACAGAUAGUGUUUACACUUCAGGUCACCAUAUGCAAGGAUCCCACAGACCAAGCACAACCUACAAGUGUCUUUCACUUAGGUAAAGCUAUGCUCAAAUCCAUCUUCACAUAUCUACUUCAUUUUUUGUUUUGAAUGUGGAGUAUAUGAAAUGUUAAAGGCCAAACGAAAUAUGGUUAUCUAGAGGAGCCAUUUCCCCACCAAAAAAGCAAUCGGAUUAAAAAUUGAUAAGGGCCAACUCUAAAACAUUUGAAUGAAUUUGUAUAAAUGUUCUGAUGGUAACACACGUAAAAAAAUGCAACACAGCUAAUAUUAAUACUGAAAGCAUGUAAGAGUUUUUACUGUAAAGUCAAUGCUGUGAAAAACUCGCCUCUAAAUCCUGCUAAAAUGUGCUUUCCUUUGGAUACUGGCAUAAAACUGCUGAAUGAGAUGACAUUUAUUGAUUUUAUUUCAUCUUACUGCCUAACCAUUUGCCAAUAUAUGCAUGUACUUUCCCCUACUGUGCCUUGAAUAGUUCCUAUUAAAGAUAACCCUUUUUUAUUUGA